CCCCACACACACUCUCUCUCUCUUUCUCUUGCCCACACCAAACAAACAAACACAGUUUUCAAAAUCCUUUUUUUCUUUUUGCUAUUCCAUAAUUGCCCAGAGAGCAAGGCCAGACAUAAAUACAACACAAAGCCUACAAACCCUCCUCUAAUUCUUCACCCUUCUCUCUGCAAUUUCCCUUCAAAAAAACAAAACCACAUUCAUCACAAUGCACUUCCCCAUUCUCUUUCUCUUCCUUCUACCUUCACUCUUCAAGUUUUCAUAUUCAGCCACAAUUCUAGUAGACGGAUCUUCAGAGUGGAAGAACCCCACUGUUUCCAUCGGUGACUCCAUCAUUUUCAAGCACAAGCAACACUACAACCUCUACAUUUUCAAGAACGAGAAAGCCUUCAAGCUCUGCAACAUCACUCAAGCCACUCUUCUCACCAACCCCUACACGUGGCAUCCAUCUCGGCCUGGUUUCUUCUACUUCACCUUCCAUAAUGGGUCACUGAAAGCGUGCCAAGAUUCUCAAAAGCUAGCCAUAGAGGUAACUUCUUCAGCAAUGGCUCCAGAAGUUUCUCCGGCUCCUUCUUCUGGUGGAGAGGUACCAUCUUCUCCUUCGUUUCCAUGGCCUUUUCAUCCAGGACAAGAAGCUUCUUCACCUGGUCCUGCACCACAAGCACAAGCACAAGCAAGUUCGCCGGUGACAAUUCCGUUAGUGCCGGAUAAAGGUGGUGGCAUGCCCUUCAUUAACAGCAACCCUGCAGUUCCUCUACCUACUGGUGAAGUUGACUCUGCUACCAUACGCCCCUUACCCAUCACCUCUGGCCAUCAAGGACAGGUGAUGAUUGGGUCAUUUGGACUUCAUAUUGCAUUGCACGCCAUGGCUUUACUGCUAUUAUAAGGAUGAAGAGAAAAAGAGAGGGAGAGUUGGAGCGCAAAUUAUGUAGAGAAAAAAGAGAGGGGGAUGGGGUAGGGAGGGUAACCCAAUGAGGUAGCAACAUGGACUGUGGAUUGGAUCUAAAGUAGCUUUAAGAGUGAUGAUUAUACCAUGUAUUAAGAUGCUCUUACAUUCUACUUUGGAAUGGUUGGCACUUUUUGUUCCUUGGGUUAAGAAAGCAAUCGAUUGCUUCAUUUACUUUUCUC